GUAUGAGGAGGUAACAGUAUAGAUGCCGAUAUCCUCCAGCAACACAAAAACCUAAAAACGUUGACAAAGUGAUGAUAAAAGGACACUCCUGGCUACAUGAUUUAAUUAAGGUGACCUGACUGUCAUGUAUUGAUCCUGAUCUGUGCAUGUCCUGACAUCACGGGGUCAGUUAUUUCACCUCAUUCCACAGGGUCUGUAAUGUGUCUGCAUGCCCCGACUCCACGCCCAUCCACACAUACACAUCCCUCCAACACUCAUGUGGUGAUGGCCCAACCCUAAAUAACUUCCAUUCUGGUCUGGCUGACCGGCAGCAACCCCUCCUCACAGCAGCUCAGCAAGGGACAGUGAGGAAGGAGAAAGUGUGAGAGGAACAGUGUGUGAAGAUGAGAGUUGAUAUUUGAGCAGCACUGAUGGUGUCUUUCACUCCUGUGGCCACAUGGAUUUACACCAUGAGCGUGUGAAGCAGCAGAUAACAAACCGUACCCAAACAUAUAUGGAUAAUCUGAUCCGAGGGUUCACCAGGAGAUUCUGGGUCUGGGCCGGACCAUUUCAGAUGAAGGACUGGACUUUGUAGCAGCUAUUUCCCAGAAGACUCGGCUUGGCUGCUGGACUUCCUGGACUUACAGGAUCUACAGGUUCUGAUGACAGAUAAAAUAACUUACUCACCAAACUAUCAAAAUACAACUGCAGUAUUUCAACCCAUCUUUCCGGCAUGGCUGGGUGCACAGUGCUGAGUCUGGAUAUUUGUGAUUUAUGAGUCAAUGUGAUCUCUCAGCAGAAAGACAUCAUCACAACGCUGGCAUGAGAAAGACUCCAGGCUGGACCUGACCUCAGGCUUACAACUUUGAACUGGAUAGACUUUAAACUCCACAUCAUCCUCUAUUGUGCAUCCAGAAUCUCUUUGAGGCCCUGAAGGAAGAUCUCACUGUAGAAUAUUUAUUUCCUGGCCUCUCCUGCAGUCACAACAGUUAUGGAUUCACAGGCUGGUCCAUACCUCAACAUGAGGGCCCUCUGCUCGCCUCUGGGUGCUGCCCGCCUCUGCCAGUUAGCUAUGGGCUGUGCUGUGAUAGCGAUGGUAACCCACAGCGCCGGCUUCAGCGGUUCUCAAGGUGUGUUCUGUAUGGCGGCGUGGUGCUUCUGCUUCGCCAUGACAGUUGUGGUAUUUUUCCUGGAUGCUACUCGUCUCUACAGCUGCCUGCCCAUAUCCUGGGAGAACCUCACGGUCACAUGUGCUGCCUUUGCGACGCUCAUGUAUGUGACAGCCUCUGUAGUCUACCCACUGUUCUUUGUCCAAUCUGAGUGCCCCUACGCCGGCUGUGAUGUCCGAAAUUUCCGCAUCGCUGUGACCGUCUGCUCCAUCCUGGGUACUCUUGCCUACGCGGCUGAAGUGGCCUUGUGCCGAGCCAGGCCAGGCCAGGCUGUGGUGGGCUACAUGGCCACCGUCUCUGGCCUCCUCAAAGUCGUUCAAGGCUUUGUGGCCUGCAUCAUCUUUGGAGCUCUGGCCAACAGGAGCGAGUAUUCCCAUUAUGUUGCCACAAUCUACUGUGUUGUCGUCUAUGCUUUCUGCUUUGUUCUGACUGUAGUGGUAGUCAUAAUGACUGUGUGUGGAAGGACCAAGGCUGUGCGCUGCAUGUCCUUUGACCGCUUUGUGGUGGUGUGCACCCUCCUGGAAGUUCUGCUCUACCUGAGUGCAUCGGUGGUGUGGCCAGUGUUCUGCUUUGACACAAAAUAUGGUUCUCCAUUGAGACCGUCGUCAUGCCCACAGGGGAAGUGUCCGUGGGACAGUAAGGUCGUGGUGGCAGUGUUCUCCUCCGUCAACUUUGGACUGUACGUGGCCGACUUGAUCUACUCCCAGAGGAUACGAUUUGUCUCCUCACAUAUGCACAGUAAUUCACGAGUGUAGCAGCAAAAGGAAGCAUAUUUCUCAUCACUGGCUUAACAGGUUUAAGUUACUAAACUGCCUCACUGUUUACGCCUUUGUUUGUGCAUUUAUUUGAUAUGCAAAGAGACAGAAAAUAAUGAGGGGGACAGAUGGAUUCAAAGAUCCCAGGCCCAGGACACCACUGGUGCUGCUCGUGGUCAGCUGCUGAGACACCAAGACAUGGCAAAUUCAAUGUGAAGGACUGUGGAAUGUGAACAAGGAAUUUUACCACUACGGCCCCUCUGCCACACCCCAGUGAAGUUGACACCCCAUCUCUUUAACUCACCCCCGCUGCCCUCUGAGAGAUUUCGGACAACAGCCAGCCUCACCCAAGCAGCCAGGGCCUAUCCUGCCAAAUCCUCAUAAACCGAGACUACAUUCUUGACCGGCAGCAUAAAACACACACAUACACACACACACACACACUUACUUGCUGCUUGUAUUUCGGCUCAAAUAAUACAUUAAAGUCUUGAAUAUAAAUAGUAAAUCUGGCAUUGGCAUCCGUGGCAUCCCUGUCAUCUGCAAACCCCACACCAGAGAUCGACGCACAUUACCCAGGCUGCCAAAAAUAAACGCGAGCUGUCUGCACUCAUAUUGAAGCUGUGAGACAGCAUUUAUAAGAGGAUGGUGUCUUCAAAACCUCUCUAUAAAAUGCUUCCUUAGGUCUAUGAUGAAAAAGUAGAGCUAAUUUCAUCUGACUGCACUGUUAGCAUGACCUGCUGUUUGAGCUGCCACGUUUGAAAACACACAAUAUUCAUGAUUGCAUAAUUUGAACAAGGUCAGUGUGUACCAAUUUGUCCUCAUACAACAGGUCAAAUGUAAAAAAACCCAUCAUCCUUUACUUUCCAUUAAUAGAUUUACACUGUCAAUCAGAUGAUCUGUCUGGUUAGCUGGUUUUUGAGACAGUUAUUGUUGUUAUUGUUGUUGUUGCUAUGGGAUUGAUACAUGGUCAUACAUGGACUUUAAACUGAUAUAAUCAAUAUUUUUAUGUUCACAAUGGAUGAAAUGAAAUGUAUGUGAAAGGUUUUGCUCAUAGUGAUGCAACCACAGCUCUGCUGUUCCUCUCAGCUUUACAGAGCAUUUUAGCAUCUUACAGCUCAUUGCAGUUUUGGUUUUAUAAGCCACAACUUUGCUGCUUUAAUUCACUCUCACAGCUGUUUUCAGUGAAAAGGCUGUAAGCAACCAACUGUACACUACCUGCUCAGCACCAAAGAGCAGACAGACAAAGUAGGGUACAUGGAUGAGCAUUUAGCAGUUAAAGAGGCAGACAUUUCCCUCUGGAGCUGGUGGAGACCAAAAACCAAGCUAAAAGAGGGCGAAUAUUGGACUUAACUCCAAAUGUUGCUCUAUUUCUGCUGGAUGUGUAAAUAGGCAACAAUUUGUUAGGAAGUAAUAUGUCUAUGUUGUAUUUAUAGCUUUUUGUGUUGCCCCUAAGUAGCCAAAUCAAAUAAUGCUACUUUAAAUAUACAUUUUACAUGAUAAAAUAAAAAAC